CCCCGCCUCUUCCUCUUUCCUCCUCCUCCUCCUCCUCCUGCUCUUCCUCCUCUUCCUCUCUCCCCAGACUUGUCUCCCAUUCGCUUUCGAAGCUCGAAAUUCCGCAGCUGCGCAGGCGCCCUUGAACGUCCCCGCGGCUGCAGAUGCCUUGCGGGGUGUGGUGACAAUUUUGGGAAAAGUUCUCGACGAGCACUCACCUUGUGUGGCUGUUUCCUGUCUGCGUGUGUUUGGAUGCCAGCGAGGCAGGAUGGAGUCAUGCAUGAUGAAGCCUGAAGAGAAGAAGAAAACCAAGUCCAAAUUGCCUCCCUGGCCUCCCGAGACUUCCAAAAAUGAGGCAGAGAUAUUGGAAAAGCCCACUCCCGUUGUGCCGCCGCGCCCCAAGUACAACGAACUGAGCCAAACCCAAUAUCGCCUAAAAAGAUUAGAGACGAACGGCGAGGCCGGCCCAACCGUGAGUCAAACGGAGACGAAGGAAAAAAAGCCCGAACCUCCGGUGCCGGCGCCGAGACGGGCGGAGCAGGAGAGGAACCGGACGAGCAGACACAGCCAGCGCGACAGCGACGACAAGCGGAUUUCCGCGGGAAGCGCCCAGUCAGAUGCAUCCGAUGACCCGAAGCAGACGCGUCCGUCCCGCCUCACGGCCAAGUUGCAAAAAAGCCUGAAAGACAAAAAACCCACGUUUAUCAGUCACGUGACUGACGACCAGGACAGAGGUGACGACGCUCCGGACAAACGGGCCAGCGCCAACAAACCGGGUGUCCUGAAAGGCGUGAUGAAGCACUUGAGGUCCGGGCCCAAGGUCGCCGGAGGCGAGGCGGCUCCCGAGGCCGACAAGGACGACGCGGCCUCGGAAAAGGAACGGCCGGCCGGCGACAAGGCCAAACACGACAAAAGUUCCGAAUCCAAACAAGAAUUUGGCAGUCUGCUCACAGGAAUGUUCCGGAAACCUCCCGUAGUGACGGUCGGUAACGUGGACAGCGAUUCCGAGGCGAACGAAGACGACGAGAAACCGUCAGAACGAUCAAAUGCUGGAGGGAUUUUCAACGGGAUCUUCAAGAAGAAACCUGCAGAAGGGCCUCAGCCGGAUGAGGAGCAGCCCGACAGCGGCGACAAUCUGUCGCAGAAGUCUUCGUCGGAGGAAAAAGGAGGAUUCUUCGGCGGGAUUCUCCGAAAAUCUCCCAAGAUUCCAAAAGAGACGCCGGCCGAGCAGGAUGCCGAGGAGCUCCGCGGCAAUCUCUCGGGCAGCUCGGACAGCCUGUCGGAGAAUAAGGAGAAAGGAGGUUUGUUUAGCGGAUUCCUCAAGAAGACUCCCAAAGUCGGCGCUGAGGAGAGCACGCUCGCACAGAAAGAAAUGUCAGCGAGCGAUGACAGCCUGUCUGAUGCCCCAAAGGCUAAAGAGAAAGGAAGCGCAUUCGGCGGAAUGUUCAAGAAGUCGCCCCGACCGGCCGACUCAGAGGAACCACAAGACGACGAGCGCUCGGUGGGCGGCGACGGCGCCUCCGAGGAAAAUAAGGAAAAAGGAGGAAUUUUUGCUGGAUUCUUCAAGAAGGCCGCCAAAGCGCCACAGUCCGAGCAGGACGAGAGCGAGCCUAAAAAGUUGUCAGCCAGCAGCGAGAAUUUAGCCGAGGGGAAAGCGGAGAAAGAUCGAGCCCGUUUUGGGGGCUUCUUCAAAAAGACUCCCAAAGGAGACAGGCUUGAAUCAUCAGAUGGUGAGGAGGAUGACGAGCAGCCGGCGGCAGCGGGAGCGAAAGGCGACGACGAUGACGCCCCCAAGACCGCCAACAAGGACAAAAACCUUUUCAGCAACAUGUUCAAGAAGCCUCCGAAGCCUGCAGAGGGCGACAAGGAGGCGGAGCUAAAGAGUGAAGGGCCAACAUCCGGGAGCUCAGAGAACCUGCCGGAAAACGUCCCCAAGGGGAAAAAAGGAGGCCUGGCCGGCAUCUUCAAAAGAACCUACAGCAGCGACAAACUGGUGGACGAGGACAAGGAGAAGUCGGCGAGUAACGACAAUUUGUUGGAAAAUGCCAACGCCAAGGACAAAGAGAAAAGCAUUUUCAGCGGCAUAUUCAAGAAAGCUCCAAAAUUAGCCGACGAGGCCGUUGUGGAUGAGGACUCGAAAGGCGGCGAGGAGAAGAAAUUAUUGGCCAGCGAUGAAAAUCUGACAGAAGAAAACACAGCAAAGGAAAAAUCGGGAGGUUUAGCGGGAAUGUUCAAAAAGUCGCCCCAACCGGCGCCGCGCUCCAUCGCCACCAAGGAUCCUCUCAGUGACGACAGGGAGGCGGAAAGUGUCAAGGAUGACUUGUCAGGAGACGAACUGUCAGGCAGUUCUGUCAAUCUUGUCGCUGGCACCGCGAAGGAGAAAAAAGGAGUCUUUACGAGCAUGUUCAAGAGGACCCCCAAAACUGUGGACAAAGAGGUUAGGGUGCGCUUCAUUUGACAACCGUAGAUAAGUUAGCGCGCGCUAAUCCGCCCUCGAUGCUC